AUGUUUUCUAGCGUAGCAUGUGGAUUUGGGUAUGUUAGGUCAACCAAUGAAUACAAGGUUGUUAGAAUCCAUUACAUCGACUACGAUGAAGGAGAAGUUGAAGUGUACACACUUGGAAGUGGUUGCGGGUGGAGAGCGAUAGGUUCGGUUCCUUAUCGACUGGAUUCGUGGAGCAAUGAAACGGGCACCUAUGCAAAUGACAAUAUCUUUUGGAUUUUGGACAAAGAAGUUUUGGCGUUUGACUUGGUUGAUGAGGAGUUUUGGUUGCCAUCACCUGCCCCUCCUUGUCUGACAAACGGCCUUAAGGUCGAAGAUAAAUGCGGACUUGUAGCAUUGGGAAGGCAUUUGUGUCUGUAUAUGGAUAAGUUGCGUAUGGAAAUCUGGUUGUUGACGGAAAGCAGCGACGCGGAGGAGACGUGGGGUAUGGCGUUCGAUAUAGAUUACGAAGCAGUAGUAGGUUCUCGUAAGGAGAAGCUUGAGCCGAUUUUACUUACAAAGAAGGGAGAAAUCAUAUUCUUAUAUGAUGAAUCUGUGCUAUAUAGCUAUGACACGAGAACAACAUGUUUGAAGAUGAUUUCCGACAAUCCAAUAAGAGAUGAUUAUUUCGAAGAUGUGGAGGCAAUUGCUCACUUAAAUACCUUUGCAUCAUUGGAAGGUAUGGGAGAAAUUUCAAAGAGACACGAUGUUCAUCCAAGCCAGGGUCGUACUCCAUGUGAUGAUGCUAUUAAUGAGUUAGACCGAUUUGCUCUCGGUGAUGAUACUGAUACAACGCCUUUCAGAUUCGGGUUAUCGGCAUAA